UUUUUGCCUUCAGGACUUUUAAACUUCUGCGCAUGGCACCAAUCAUUCUCCUGAUGCUUUCCACAGCCGUGUGCCCUCCUUAACUUUUGGAGCACUUCUAAUAACGCUGCCAUGUGUCUGCUUCCUUCUCUCGCUGGGUGAAACUCACCCAGCAAAUCCUUUCAAAGCUUUUAACAGGUAGACCUGCACCCUCCUCCGGAGGAGUGUGUUCUUAUUAUCCUAUCCCUUCCAAGUAAUUUAGUUAGUUAAUUAAUUAAUUGCCACGUGCAGAUUAAUUUAAGGAAGCUGGAGUCUGCCCGAUUAAAAGCUCUACAAUCUCUACAAUCAGUUUAUCUAAUGAGCCAUUUGCACCCAAAACAAUAAGCUACAAAUUGGUGCAGCGCCAAAUCUUUCCAUUUGGUGCCCCACUGGAAGGCCAUUGGUCGACGGGGCGGGCAAUUUGCAUACAGUGGGGCUUAAAGUCGGUCUGCUAACUCGGAGUUGGACUCAGACAGGAGAAGUAGUUCCCGACUUGCAUCAUCUGAAUACUUUUUUGGGGUGGGGGGCACUCAGCAUGGCGUUUUGCAAAGCUGCAUCUGUGGCGCUUGUCUUGACUCUUUUUUCUGUGUUUCUACGCACUGUGCACUGCACAACUACAAGGUACUUUACUUAUGAAGAGGACGCACCCGGGACGGAAAUAGGGAAUUUAUCCCAAGAUUUAAAGAUUGAUCCGUCUGAUGACCCGGACACAUCUUUCCGCUUCAUGCAGGAGAGCAACACCUCAGUCAUUCACAUGCGGGAAAGUGACGGACUCCUGACCGUCGCGGAUGUGAUCGAUCGGGAGCAGCUCUGCCCCAGGUCCCCUCGCUGCUUCAUCGCCUUCAACAUCGUGGCCCACUCCAGGGAGAAGUUUCAGCUCAUCCACGUGGAGAUCGAGGUGAAGGACAUCAACGACCACUCUCCGUACUUCCCACUCAACGAAACGAAACUGGAGAUAGUUGAAAACGUGCCCCUGGACUCCAGGUUCCCGCUCCAGAUCGCUCUCGACGAGGAUGUGGGUGAUAACUACAUCCAGAGCUACAUCAUCUCCUCCUGCAGCCACUUUGCGGUGGAAGUGCGCGAAUUGGAGGACGGAGUGAAGUUUGCCGAGCUGGUUCUGGUGAGUGAGCUGGAUAGGGAGGUGGAGGACUCUUACACUAUACAGGUGACUGCGUCUGACGGAGGAGCACCUCCAAAGUCGGGAUCUAUGACUGUGAACAUCAAAGUGUUGGACUUUAAUGACAACAGCCCGGCUUUUGCGCACAGCUCCCUGAAAGUUGAGUUGGAGGAAGACUCCCCGGUUGGUCACCGAGUACUGAAAGUGCACGCCUUCGAUCCGGACCAGGGCAUCAACGGGCAAGUAGUGUAUGCGUUCCCGGAUGAGCUGUCAUCCGAAGCGGCCCAAACUUUCCACAUCGACCCUUACUCCGGGGAUGUGACCCUGAAGGCGCUGGUUGAUUUCGAGAAAAGGAACUCAUACGAGCUGAGAAUCAGAGCCUCGGAUCAGGGCGAGAGCUCCGUCCCGUCCACCUGCACGGUCGUGAUCGAGGUAGUGGACGUGAACGACAACGCUCCGGAGAUCAGCAUCAAGCCAAUGACCUCCAGCAGCGACUCGGUGGCCUACAUCACCGAGGCUGCGGCAGCGGAGAGCUUCGUGGCGCUGAUCAGCACCUCGGACAGAGACUCGGGCUCCAACGGGUACGUGCGCGUCAGCCUGCUCGGGCACGAGCAUUUCGCCCUGCAGCAGGCUUACGGGGAGACGUUCAUGAUCGUUACCACCGCUACUCUGGACAGAGAGAAGAUCCAAGAAUACAACUUGACUGUAGUGGCAGAGGACCUGGGGAGUCCCCCGUUUAAGACGGCCAAGCAGUACACAAUCAGUGUAACAGAUGAGAAUGACAACCCCCCUCUUUUCAGUAAGUCUGUGUAUGAAGUGUCCGUUCUGGAGAACAACAUUCCUGGCUCAUACAUUACCACCGUUGUUGCUCGAGAUCCUGACAUGGGAAAGAACGCAAAAGUUUCCUACAAGCUCCUAGAUUCAGAAAUACCGGGGGGAUCUCCAGUGUCCACCUAUGUUUCUGUAGACUCAAUCUCGGGGUCCUUGUACACUUUGAGGUCUUUUGAUUAUGAGAUGCUCCAACAGAUUGAGGUGGUCAUCCAAGCAGAGGACAGAGGCUCCCCCUCUCUGUCCAGUACCUCAAUGAUCCGGGUCAGAGUCGUGGAUCAGAAUGACAACUAUCCAUAUUUCACCUUCCCUGUCCUGCUGAAUAACUCUGCUGACAUCCCUCUUCCCUACACUGCCCCCGCAGGCUACCUUGCCCUUCAGGUAGUAGCAGAAGAUGCGGAUGAGGGGGUGAAUGGCGAGCUCUCCCACCAAAUUCUGGAAGGCGAUCCAAAGCUGUUUACCAUGAACAAAAACACUGGAGAGAUCGCUUUGAAGCAGUGGCUCACAGCCGAAAUAGGGGACGUGUUGGAAAUUAAAAUCACAGUCAGUGACAACGGAAGGGCCCCUCUGUCUAGCAGUGCCACUAUUAGGUUUGUGGUUUCAGAUACAGAACCCCCUGAAGACCAGGUUGUCAUUGUCCUACAGUCAAGUGAGGAAGAAGGCUCCUCGUUCGAUGGCUCACUAAUCAUCAUCAUCGUGCUCAGUGGGGGUUGUGCCUUCCUGCUAAUUGCAAUUGUGGCCGUCGCCCUCACGUGCAAACUGAGCCGUGGGGGAAGAAGAAGCCGUGGCAGAAAGAGAGAGGUGUGCCAGGGCCUGUUUGACGGCAGGGCCCAUGCCAUGCUCAGCUCUGCAGAACCAAACAUUUACACGGGCCAGCAGGGGUUCUUCCAUGAGAGGACGUCUUUGUCUCUGGAUGAUUCCUGCCUCUAUGAGGAGAGGAGCAGAGACUCAGAAUCGAAGAUCUUCCUGCCCUCCAAGCAUUUUCAGCCAACGUCUGUGUGGCAAGGUGACAGAUACUGCUUGCAAGUGAGCGGCCUCAGCAACAAUGACCAGCUGAGCGUGAAGGACAGCGGCAAAGGGGACAGUGACUUCAAUGACAGCGACUCAGAUGUCAGUGGAGAUGGCGGCAAGAAGAACUUCAGCACCUUCCAACCCAGACUGAAAAGUACUAGUAGCAGCUUAUCUAGAGACUGCCAAAGUGCCUACUGUGUGAUACCACAGAGGAGCUACAGGAACUCCAGAGAAAAUGCCUACACAAUAGGCUUCUCCCCCAUGCCUGUUUUCAACAAUCCUCACAGCAUUAGGAAGGACUGUGGAUACAACACAAACCAGCCAAAACCAAGAAGCAACAUGCAGACUUUUUCCAGAUCCGGGACUCUUCCUUCCUACUUCCCCCAGCAGCCGCAUGAAACUGAUGCAGGACACGCCACGGUCCACCAGGAGACUCCCAACAUUGUAACGGUGGCUACAGAAUCUGAAGUUGCAACUAUCUUUUAAUAAAAUGUGCAGGCAAUCUUAUUUAGCCGCACAUUGUGGAUGAACAUGUGUAGAAGUUUGUAUCAUAUUCUUAAUUAACAAGUGUACAUAUUUGUUUAUGAGGAAAAAGUGGGAGAAUGUUUAUUGGAUAUGGACUAAUCGAGCUUUUCCUGGCUGGUACUUAUUAUUGUGUGUCUGUGAAUUGCCUGUU